AUGGAGUGCCCAGUGAAAGAUGGGAUCCUCUAUAUUCAUCAUCCAAAAUUUGGGAAGAAGGCCUGGCGGAAAGUAUGGGCCCAGCUCUUUGCCGACAGCCCCUCCGGUGUUGCACGGCUAGAGUACUUCGAAGCUCGUGAAGGGGUCAAAGCAGAAAAGGCAACUCUGCGGAAGGGGGAGCGCAAGGUGAUCCGCCUCUCCGACUGUGUCUCCGUGGAACGGGCUGAGGAACAGAGCUCUCCCAAGGACACCACACCCUUUUGCUUGUGCAUGAUGGAGCGCAAUUGUUUCCUGGCGGUGGAUCAGCCAGAUGAGUGGAUAGAAUGUAUUUGCCAACUGGCUUUUCAGAAACCUCCUGGCCCAUGCAGUGCAGUGGUGAACACCCCCAGCCCACGUCCCCUAAUGGAAGAGAAUACCAUUUACUCAUCCUGGCAGGAAGCAUGUGAGUACCCCGUGGUGGUCUUCCCCACUGAAGCUUCUGCUCGAUGUCACCUGAAGGGAAACUACCUGGUGGUCCCUUUAUUUGAUCAGUUGGUGCUGAAGGAUGUGCAAUCUGGGCAAACUCUCUAUACCUGGCCUUACACCUUCCUUCGAAGAUUUGGCCAGGAAAAGAAUUUGUUCUCUUUUGAGGCAGGGCGGCGAUGCAGUUCAGGAGAAGGUCUCUUUACUUUCAAUACAACCCGAGCAGCAGAAAUCUGCACAACUGUCUCGGCAGCCAUAGACCACCAGAAAGCCAUUCUUUUGAUGGAUGGAGACAAGAAAGCUGGGCUUUCCUCAGUCCAAGACUCAAAACAGAAAGCAGGGUGCUGGUCCUGGCCUGCUAUUGUGGAGAGCCCGGAGGAAAAAGAACCGCUGUAUGCAGGAAAUCCUGUGGGACUUGCAGACAGGGACCUCCCAGCAGCUAGUGACGGCCUUUUUGCUUCCCCUAAGGUGGGAGCUCCUGAAACGCCUAUCAUCUAUGCGUCCAUUGGCAAGAGCUUUCCACCCCUCUUCCAGCCCUAUGGCAAUACAGAAGCAGAGCCCAAGGAGCAAAAGGACAGACUUUCUGACCAUCUUUAUGAGAACCUACGUGCUUUGGAACAGCAGCGCAUCCUCUACUCUGAGGCUCUUGACUUUGGCUGCAGAGACUCCCCUGAGGGCAGUGCCAGCAGCAGCAACACUGAGUCCUCACCUAUUUAUGAUAACAGCCCCGUGGCUGCCAGGCGCUCAAGUAACCAUCCCUGCCCCAGUCCUACCACAGCUGUUGACCCCUCCCCAGAGAUCCAGCACCCUCCUCCAAUGUUGGGUUGCCAAGAUGCUGCCGGGGGGAGCGAGGGGAGCAGCAAGCCCAAAGCGAGAGGAGCAGGCGCUUUCAGGCACAAGCUGGUCACCAUGCUGAGCAGAGAGGGGGGAGCCUCCAAGGCCACCAGCAAGAAUGAGAGUGCCAUGGGCAAGUCCUAGGUGACCUGUCUAGACAUAGGAGAACAGUCCCAGGACUGAGAGUUGUUCUCAGAGCUUGAGAAAGUUACCUUUUUUGAUUAUAACGUCCACAGUUUCCCAACCUGUGAGAUUAGGCUGGCUAGGGGAUUUUGAGAUCUGUCAUGCUCAAAACCGGACUUUCCCAGGCUCUGGUUCUUUCCAUGAUUCUCCCUCUCCUUCUCCAUGCACUGAUAUCCUUGCCAGGUCUUUCUGACCUGAAGAUGCAGCUUUCCAAGCUAGAGGUUGGUGACCUGGGAAGCAAGCCUAACUAGAAACUUUAUUGCACCUGCUUUGGAUGGUUAGUGAUUGGGACAGGGAUUGUUUUACUUACCACAUUAGUGGACAUAAAGGAAUCUGGAAAGACAGGUGGAUAUAUAUGAUUUAGGUGUCUUCUCUUCCCUUUUGGUCUCAUUGAAUGGGUUUUCUUACAUUGUCACUUGUAGUCUUUGGUCAUCUCAAUUCUGGUUUGCUUUAGUUUUUCUCUCUGUGUGUCUCUCAAUCCUUUUUGCUUUUUAGGUGGUUAUACCUCCAGCGGUCUUUUUUUCCAUAAAAAUACCCGAGUCUUAGAAAGGUGUGUUUUGGAUUGCAGCUCUAGCCAGAUUGUUAAAUAUGGCCUAUCAGUAUAUGUUCAAGGAGCCCCCGGUAACGCAAUGGGCUAAACCCUUGUGCCAGCAGGACUGCUGACCAAAAGGUUGGCAGUUCGAAUGCAGGGAGGAGGGUGAGCUCUCAUCUGUCAGCUCCAGCUUCCCAUGUGGGGACAUGAGAGAAGCCUCCCACAGGAUUGUAAAACAUUUGGGCAUCCCCUGGGCAACGUCCUUACAGACGGCCAAUUCUCUCACACCAGAAACAACCUGCAGUUUCUUGGGUCGCUUCUGACACACACAAAAGGAAGGUUCCCAUCCCAUCUUCCUCUAGGCCACAGAUUAUAAGGAUGGAAGGAAAAGGUAUGCUCAAAUAAUUGCUAGUUGAUACUGUUCUAAGUAGACCAGUGGUCCAACCAUGUCUAAUGCAACUUAGAUUAGGUUUAAUGGAAUAUCAAUUUGGAUUCUUGACAAACUCAGAAUCCAGCACAAUGCCAUUUGUGCCCGAACAGCACAAAAAUGUUUGCAACAAUCUAAGAUCUUUAGAUUAAUCCACCAGGAAGAGUGUUACAAACAGCAGGUGUGUAGCUUGCCUGGGAGAAGAGGGGGAAUGUCUGACUUGAGACUGAAGUCAAGUGGAUUACACUAUGUCCUGGGACAGACCGGAGGAAGGAGGGAGGGAGGGGCUUGCAAACAUUCACACAGGUCUCUUUCACAGGCAUAGGUGGCUUUCACCUGCAAUAAUGGCAGUGCAUGCUAGGAGGCAGAAAAGCAGAAAAAUCAGUUUUAAGUAUUUUAACUGUUUAUUUUUAAUUAAUUCCACUGAUGUUUAAUUCUAUGUACAUUUUUGGGUUUUAAAUUGUAUCGAAUUGUUUUUAUUGUGAGCUGCUUUGAGUCUCCCUUGUAUAGAGAAAAAGUGGGAAAUAAAUAAACAUAAUAAUAAAACAUGUACUUCCAAUAGUUUAAUAAUAGCAA